UUGCUGUGCUGUUGCUAACAGAUGGAAGGGGCAUCAUUAGAAAGCACAAGUAUUGGGGGGAAAAAGUAGUUUAAGAGCAUGAAUUUUGCUGAGGUAUAGUUUGGCUCUAAAGAACAGCAGGAGGGAGAAGGAGAAAAACCCUACUGCAAAGGCAUUUCUGAGGGGCAUCCAAGCAUGAUCUGAGCAGAGACUGGCAACAGGAAACUAGGCAUCCUGAAGCAAACCAGGGAGCCCAGCUGUGGCAAAUCCCCCAGCCUGGAUGAUGAAUACAUCCCUGCAUUGCGGUGACAGCAAAGUGUGACUUAGUGUUUGCUGGGAAUAUUUAGUGUAGCAGCUGCCCCGGGGAGCUCAGAGGCACAGCCGUGUGCAGCCUCUCUUUCACAACGUGGCACAGGGAGGAGGUAUUCCUGCUGCAGGGUGCCCCAGUGCCGAAUGCACGUGUACUCAGCUGUGCAGCUGGCUCAAGUGUGGCAGCUGGGCCAUCAAAGGAAGUUUGUUCAAGCUGAUUUUGGAGAAACAGAUAGUUUUGACUUGACAACCUCUUCUUCUGCAGACCUCAGCCAUGCCCUUAGAUCCAGGUGGAAGAGCCACCCUUGGCAUUGUGCCUCAUGCGUGUGACUCAGAUGGAUUCUGCUUGUCUGAAGAUUCCUCUAUAUAAGGGACUGCAUAAAAAUGACUUGGAGUGAACCGGUUCGGACCCCACUACCAAGAAGCCCAGGGCACUGAAGGACCAACGGGGUGCUGCUGGAUCCAUGGCGGAUCCAUUUGAAAUCUUAAACCUCGAUAUGAAGCCUGGGAACACCCUGAAGAUCAAGGGCAAAAUAUCUGCUGAUACUUCUGGCUUCAGCAUCAAUCUUGGCUCCAGCUUGCAAGAUUUGGCACUUCAUUUCAAUCCCCGCUUCAAUGAGUCUGUCAUUGUCUGUAACUCCAAGUGCUCCAAUGUGUGGCAGAAAGAGCAUCGUGACAAACACUUCUCUUUCUUCAGGGGCUGCACUGUCAAGUUCCUCAUUGAAAUGCUGACAGACAAAUUCCGUGUGAAACUACCAGAUGGGCAUGAAGUGUGUUUCUCCAACCGGCACAGCUACCGCAAGAUCAACUACGUGAACAUCAUGGGAGGCUUCAAGAUCACCUCCUUCAAGCUGAGCUGAUGGAUGCCACUUCCCAGCUCUAAUAAAAGACUAAG